GCGGAUGGCGGCGCUGGACGCCCCGUCUUCAGCCUCCCGACGCUUUCCUCCCCCAAAGCCAUUUUAGUCAAAGGUCAUGUGUGUGUCUUGUCAAAGGCCAGCUUCCAAUGGAAUCAUUGUCCCCCGGGACAGCGGCCCCCUGACUACAUCUGCAUUGGAGAAAUCCCAAAAGCAAACGGCCCAGUGCAAACAAGAGCAGUCCGCAGCAGCCGCCCCGGGCCCAGUUCCCAGGUCGCGGGGCUGCAGCCGAGGCCGCGUUCGCAGAGCCCGGGCCGGAGCAGGCGCCGAGCCGCCCGCAACAUGACCCGCCGCGCCGAUCGGAUAACAUCCCUGUUCACUUUUGCCAUUGGAGUCAAUAUCUGCUUAGGAUUCACUGCACAACGAAUUAAGAGAGCAGAAGGAUGGGAGGAAGGUCCUCCUACAGUGCUAUCAGACUCCCCCUGGACCAACAUCUCCGGAUCUUGCAAGGGCAGGUGCUUUGAACUUCAAGAGGUUGGACCUCCUGAUUGUCGCUGUGACAACUUGUGUAAGAGCUACACCAGUUGCUGCCAUGACUUUGAUGAGCUCUGUUUGAAGACAGCUCGUGGCUGGGAGUGUACUAAGGACAGAUGUGGAGAAGUCAGAAAUGAAGAAAAUGCCUGCCACUGCUCGGAGGACUGCUUGGCCAGGGGAGACUGCUGUACCAAUUACCAAGUGGUUUGCAAAGGAGAGUCCCACUGGGUUGAUGAUGACUGCGAAGAAAUAAAGGCUCCAGAAUGCCCGGCAGGGUUUGUUCGCCCUCCAUUAAUCAUCUUCUCUGUGGAUGGUUUCCGCGCAUCAUACAUGAAGAAAGGCAGCAAGGUCAUGCCUAACAUUGAAAAACUAAGGUCUUGCGGCACACAUUCUCCCUACAUGAGACCGGUGUACCCGACUAAAACCUUUCCUAACUUAUACACUUUGGCCACUGGGCUAUAUCCAGAAUCACAUGGAAUUGUUGGCAAUUCAAUGUAUGAUCCUGUAUUUGAUGCCACUUUUCAUCUGCGGGGGCGAGAGAAAUUUAAUCAUAGAUGGUGGGGAGGCCAACCGCUAUGGAUUACAGCCACCAAGCAAGGGGUGAACGCUGGGACAUUCUUUUGGUCUGUUGUCAUCCCUCACGAGCGGAGAAUAUUAACCAUAUUGCAGUGGCUCACCCUGCCAGACAAUGAGAGGCCUUCGGUCUAUGCCUUCUAUUCUGAACAACCUGAUUUCUCUGGACACAAAUAUGGCCCUUUCGGCCCUGAGAUGACAAAUCCUCUGAGGGAAAUUGACAAAACUGUAGGGCAAUUAAUGGAUGGACUGAAACAACUCAAACUGCAUCGCUGUGUCAAUGUCAUCUUUGUCGGAGACCAUGGAAUGGAAGAUGUCACGUGUGACAGAACUGAGUUCUUGAGUAAUUACCUAACUAAUGUGGAUGAUAUUACUUUAGUGCCUGGAACUCUAGGAAGAAUUCGAUCCAAAUUUAGCAAUAAUGCUAAAUAUGACCCCAAAGCCAUUAUUGCCAAUCUCACGUGUAAAAAACCAGAUCAGCACUUUAAGCCUUACUUGAAACAGCACCUUCCCAAACGUUUGCACUAUGCCAACAACAGAAGAAUUGAGGAUAUCCAUUUAUUGGUGGAUCGCAGAUGGCAUGUGGCAAGGAAACCUUUGGAUGUUUAUAAGAAACCAUCAGGAAAAUGUUUUUUCCAGGGAGACCAUGGAUUUGAUAACAAGGUCAACAGCAUGCAGACUGUUUUUGUAGGUUAUGGCCCAUCAUUUAAGUACAAGACUAAAGUACCUCCAUUUGAAAACAUUGAACUUUACAAUGUCAUGUGUGAUCUCCUGGGAUUGAAACCGGCUCCUAAUAAUGGGACCCAUGGAAGUCUGAAUCAUCUUCUGCGUACUAAUACCUUCAGGCCAACCAUGCCAGAGGAAGUUACCAGACCCAGUUAUCCGGGGAUUAUGUACCUUCAGUCUGAUUUUGACCUCGGCUGCACUUGUGAUGAUAACAUAGAGCCAAAGAACAAGUUGGAUGAACUCAACAAACGGCUUCAUACAAAAGGGUCUACAGAAGCUGAAACCAGGAAAUUCAGAGACAGCAAAAAUGAAAACAAGGAAAACAUUAAUGGAAAUUUUGAACCUAGAAAAGAGAGACACCUCCUCUAUGGGCGACCUGCAGUGCUGUUUCGGACGAGAUAUGAUAUUUUAUAUCACACUGACUUUGAAAGUGGUUAUAGUGAAAUAUUCCUAAUGCCACUCUGGACAUCGUAUACUAUUUCCAAACAGGCUGAGGUCUCUGCUAUUCCUGAGCAUCUGACCAGUUGUGUCCGGCCUGAUGUCCGUGUUUCUCCAAGUUUCAGUCAGAACUGUUUGGCCUACAAAAAUGAUAAGCAGAUGUCCUAUGGAUUCCUCUUUCCUCCUUAUCUAAGCUCUUCACCAGAGGCUAAAUAUGAUGCAUUCCUUGUAACCAAUAUGGUUCCAAUGUAUCCUGCUUUCAAACGGGUCUGGAGUUAUUUCCAAAGGGUAUUGGUGAAGAAAUAUGCUUCAGAAAGAAAUGGAGUUAACGUGAUAAGUGGGCCAAUCUUCGACUAUGACUACGAUGGCUUACGUGACACAGAGGACAAAAUCAAACAGUACGUGGAAGGCAGCUCCAUUCCUGUUCCAACUCACUACUACAGCGUCAUCACCAGCUGUCUGGAUUUCACUCAGCCUGCCGACAAGUGUGAUGGCCCUCUCUCUGUGUCCUCCUUCAUCUUGCCUCACCGGCCUGACAACGAUGAGAGCUGCAAUAACUCAGAGGAUGAGUCGAAAUGGGUAGAAGAACUCAUGAAGAUGCACACAGCUCGGGUGCGUGACAUCGAACAUCUUACCGGUCUGGACUUCUUCCGAAAGACCAGCCGCAGCUACCCAGAAAUUCUGACGCUGAAGACAUACCUGCAUACAUAUGAGAGCGAGAUUUAACUUUCUGAGCAUCUGCAGUACAGUCUUAUCAACUGGUUGUAUAUUUUUAUAUUGUUUUUGUAUUUAUUAAUUUGAAACCAGGACAUUAAAAAUGUUAGUAUUUUAAUCCUGUACCAAAUCUGACAUAUUAUGCCUGAAUGACUCCACUGUUUUUCUCUAAUGCUUGAUUUAGGUAGCCUUGUGUUCUGAGUAGAGCUUGUAAUAAAUACUGCAGCUUGAAUUUUUAGUGGAAGCUUCUAAAUGGUGCUGCAGGUUUAAUAUUUGCAUUGAGGAAAUAUUAAUUUUCCAAUGCACAGUUGCCACAUUUAGUCCUGUACUGUAUGGAAACACUGAUUUUGUAAAGUUGCCUUUAUUUACUGUUAACUGUUAACUAUGACAGAUAUAUUUAAGCCUUAUAAACCAAUCUUAAACAUAAUAAAUCAGACAUUCAGUUUU